UGUAGUUGAAGGUUACAAACAGCUGUUUUUGGCAUCAUAACCUUUAAUUCAAAUUAUGAAAUCUUCUAGUGGUUGAUCAUUAUACAAGAUCGUACAAAAACAUUUAUUUAUUAUUUAAUUUGUCUUUGGAUGUUUUAAAAUUUCUAAAUAUUAAUAUAGGCAUUUUCGGGGAGAGCAGUCCCAUUUACUAUUUUCUGUGAAUACAGAUGUUAUAGUCAUUCAUAUCCACAAUUCAAUGGCAGCAGAAGGAAAUGAAGAGGCUGAGGAGUAUGAUUUAUAUCAUGUUGAUUUCACAACAGCAUCAGAAUGGGAAGUUUUCAUAGCUAGAAUUGAAGAAGUUCUACAACAAUGGAAACUUCACCAAAAUCGAUUUUGUAAUCCAAAAGAGAAACUAUGUAAUGUGUCUUGGAAUACACUAACUGAAAAUAUAUGCUUUGCUGACUAUGAGUUUGUGAUAACAAGAUAUUUUGUAAAGAAUUUAGAAGAAGAGAAUAUUUCAGAAGAGGAGAAAAAAAAACAGGUCCCUUCCACUUUGAUAACAUUAAUGGAUAUCAUGAACAGUGAAAAUGAUUUUAUACCAAUAAUAUAUGAUGGGGAUGAAUCUUCUCCCCAUGUUCUUGUCAGAUGGUAUGGUUUAAGAGAUUUUGUUAUUUUGACUCCGUUGAAAGGUCACUUAACAUCUGAAAGUAAACUGAAAUUGCUUUUGAGUUCUUUUUCAAUGGCAGCUAAUAACAUUAGUUGUCAAGUACCUUUGUUCGUAAGAUUUUUGGAACCCUGGCAAAAAUUCUAUGUUGGUAUUUAUGAAGGACAAGAAGUAAGAACUGAUUUUGAAAUGGUACAUUUAAAAAAGAUUCCCUCUCAAUGCAGGCAUUUGACAGGUCUGUUAAGUCUCUUUAAAUCAAAAAUUGGAGAAAGUGAUUUCUCUGAACCAAUAAUGGUCGCUGCUAGAUUUGCCUAUUGUUUGCAUGAUUGGACCAAUUUCGCCUGGACCCAGGAUCCUCCAGACAUAGAACUGUUCUCUGGUGAUAUUGGUUGGACAGAACUAGGAAGUUUUCCAUUUGGUUCUGUCUGUGAGCCUAUAAAUUCUAUUACUCUGUAUACUUGCUGGCCUGAAGUACUUGAAACAAUGGCAGUUGAUAAUGAACUAUACAGUGACUUUGAUCCUCUGAGUGCUCCGGUCUGGUCCUUGUCAAUUACUAAGACUGAUAAUCCAGUUUGCCUCCUCACUGAUUAUGUUACUGAAUUUCUGUUGUAUUGUACAUCCAAUAAAACAAUUGAGGAUCUUCUCGGCGAUUUUGCCGCCAAAGAUGCAAAUGAUGUGCUUCAACCCUUUAGCCUUUUGACAGAAUCGAGGAUUCCUACAAUAACUACCUUACUUAGCCAGUAUGCCUCCAAAAAGAAAUCUGUAGAAGGCCCAAUCAAUCAAAAACUUUUGAUGCCUAUUCUCUUUUUCUUAUUUCCUGAUGUUGAAGAAAAUUCUAAAUAUCCUUACUCGGAAGAAAAAGAUGCAGAUAAAACCUCUGCUCAGCGCAUGAAGACAUGUCCAAGGGAUAGCCUUAUUUGGCGUUUGGCCCUCGUCAUGGCUCAUUCCCUCCACAUGUUUGGUGGUGCAAAAGCUGCUGCUCAUAUUUGGCAUGAGUUUUCUCAAGAAAUAAGAUUUCGCUGGAACUCUAACAACAUGAUCCCUGGGAUAGCGCCUGGUUUUCCCGAUCCGAAAUCAUGUCUUCUUCAUCAAAAGCUGCAGAUGAUCAAUUGUUGCAUCGAAAGAAGGAAAAGGAGUGAGGAAGCUGCCCUGGGCAAGAGGGAAUCAGAUGAAUCAGAUGAUGAAUUCUUUGACUGUGAUGAAAAUGUAGAGGAUGAUGCUAAGCCAGCCAGUACAAUUCCUAUUGGCAGGCUCUCUCAGCAUAAUUCUCUCAAAUUGAUCAACACAGGCCAGCCUCUGUACAUACCUGUAACACAGGGUGCCACUCCAAAAACAGAAGAUCAACUCGAAGAAGAUGCACAAGUUUUGAUCCAAUUGGGAUCUGAUGCCGAAGGUUCACAAUUGAGAGCAAAAAUUAUGAGUGCCUCUCUUCUCUCGGACAUGGAAUCCUUUAAGGCAGCAAAUCCUGGAGCUAGUAUAGAAGAUUUUAUUAGAUGGUAUUCUCCCCGAGACUGGGUAGAAGAGGAGGGGGAAGAUCAGUUUGGGCAGAAGAAAGGAAAGUUAAGUGCAAGAAUGACACUUCCCGGUAACACAUGGCUAGAAGUGUGGGAUUCUGCAAAACCAGUUCCUGCAAACAGACAAAAAAGAUUAUUCGAUGAAACAAGGGAAGCAGAGAAAGCUCUUCAUUUCCUGGAAUCCCAGACUCCAGCAUCGUCUGGGCUUAUGGUGGUACCAAUUCUGGCUCAUGCUGCAGUUGAAAAGUUGCAUGAAGAAGCAAAAGAUAUCCAGAUACCAUCACUGCAGAAUACUGUUCAACAAGCUAUUAAAAGAGUUGAAGCUCUAUCUAGAAAUGCUCCAAUGGAUGUGCACAGAUAUCAGGAGUUGUGCUUUGAAUUAGGUUAUGCAGAAACAGUCGUUUCUCAGAUAAAAUCUAUAGAAUCUAAGUUGGGAAGUGAUGAAGCUGCUAAGGAAUUUGCAUGUAAGCUAGUUAGUGAAGGCGAAACUAUUCUGCCUGGUGGCAGUACUGGGUCGAUUGCUUCCAAACUCAAAACUAUUUUUGUUGAUGCUCGUAAGGCUUGUCUGAUUGGAGAUUUAGAUGGUGGAGGAAGUUCUUCAGGAGAAAAUCCAAAUAACUCAAUCCUUCCUCAGGCUACAGAAAAAGAAUUCAUUCUUCGUGCUACAGCUCCUCGGCCUCACAGACAUUCUCGACCUACCCCGCAGCGACUUCAUGUGCGGGUUUCUAAAACAGACAUAUCCAUGGCUGGAGCCUUUACCCAAGAUAAAACAUUUUUUUAAAUAUUCUUAACUUAAUUAAUAUUCUGGAGGGGAAAUAAUCAUUUUAUUUUAUUUUUUAUAAAUAAAUAAUUUUUAAUAAUCUUGUUAGAUAAAAUAUAUUUUAUUGUUAUUACUUUAUAUAUUUUGUAUUUACAUAUUUGAAUCUGUAUUUUCAUUAAUUAUAAAUAAUCAAGUGAGAUAUCAUUGCACAAAUAUACAAAAAAAAUUGUGUAUGUUAUUCCUGAAGUUUAUUCUUCAAUUAUAAUUAAAAUCAUAUUCAUUUCAAUUAUGUAUCAUUGUUAUUAUAUAAAUCGCUUGUUACAUGAUUUUUGUUGCUGGGUUAUCUAACUACUACACAGUAGGACCACGAAUUGAUGUAACCGAUAUGGCAUGAAACUUUUAACUGAGUAUUACCACUAAAUAAACAUGUGUUCAUUGCUAUUAUUAGCUCACUUAUUAACUGGUAACAAUUAGUGAAUGAUAUUUUUAAACAUAAGUCGUUAAUCAUUUAAAUAAGUAUUAAGGUUAAAACGGUGUAGGUAUUAAGUUGAUCAGUAAUAUACUUCUAUUUCUGUCUUUCUUAUAAGUCUUCUAAGUGACUCUAAUAGAUAUAAACCUUUCUUAUAUUCUGUGUCCUUUUAUAAUUAUCCUAAAAAGUCACAGUAUUUUGUUAUGUAUUGAUUGUAUUUUUUUUUGUUUACACUUGUAAUCUUGUCAACUCAGUAUGAGAUUAAAUAUCUUUCUUGAAAAUAUAUUUUUCUUACAUUUUAGUUCC